AUGUUUUCUGACGAGUGCUAUGUUUACCUUGGGGAUAAUCGCGGCCGGAUUUAUGUUACAUGGCACCCAGAUGAAGAACUAUUGGAGGAAUGUUUAGUCCCAGCCUUCAAGCAGUCAACAGUACACGUCAUGGUCUGGGGCUGCAUUGUCAAGGAUCAGAAAGGGCCUUUGGUGGUGUUGGAGUACCCAGGGGGAAAGGGAGGAGGUAUGAAUUCUAAACACUACCAAGAACAGGUCCUUGAGCCUGUUCUUCUUCCUCUUUAUUAUCUCUUGGAUCAAGAGAGAGGGAAUAUGAGGUUUCAGCAGGAUGGCACUCCUAGCCACAGCAGCAAGGUCACGAAGAGGUGGUUUGCCCAACAUGGCAUCCCACUCUUCCCACAUCCUCCUUCUUCGCCCGACCUAAACCCCAUUGAACCCUUAUGGCACAUUCUUAAAUCAACACUCAGACAUCUUCCACACCCGCCUACAACCGUCAAUGGGCUGCGUGCUGCCGUUUUGCGUGCGUGGGAGGAGAUUCCCGUGGAGGUCAUCAAUCAUCAAAUUGGAAACAUGGAUCAUCGUGUUAAGGCUGUCCUAGCUGCAAGAGGUGGACAUACGAGAUUCUAA